AUGAGGGCAGAAACCCCCUGCUCAUCAGCUCAGCAACAUGUGCCCCUCUCUGCCCGCUGCUGCUCCAUCGUGCUCAUCCGCGAGGGCAGCAACAUGUCCUCCUCGUACGUCAUGCGCUUCCCUGUGGCUGCUCAAGUGGCGGAGAUCCUCAGAAGGGAUAUUGUGAGUUCUCACUUGAUCAAGGCACGUAUCAAGGCAUUUAUGGUGGUUACUGGCGUAAGUUCUGAAGCUGCACACAGUGCAGCUCACCGACUCGGGGGUGGCGAUUGUGGCAGAGAGCUAGAGAAGGGUUCCUGCUCUACCAUCACCCCACUCACCACAGCACAGCACUCAUCCCCGCUUUCCCUUUCCCUACCCCACCAGGACUACACGGCAGACCUGAAGCUGCGCACGGUGCAGCUCACCGAUUCAGGGGUGGCGAUCGUGGCAGAGAGCUUGAGAAGCGAGGAUGCUGCAGCAGAGGGGGACGGAGAGGGGGAAGGGGUGGAACUGGGGGAAGGAGGGAAUGGCUCAGAUUCAGAUGAUAUCUUUGAGAGCAGCAACUCUUUCGCGCAGUUUGUGCUGACGGCGCUCAAGGCCAAGGAGUUUUACCUGAGGGAUCGGGACUACAUUGUGAAGGACGGCCAAGUGAUUAUAGUGGACGAGCAUGCUUCCUCUUGCCCUCUUCCCCACCUCUGCACUUCUCCCACCUCCUCCCACCCUGUCCCACCUGUCCUGCCACACCUGCAGUUUACGGGGAGGACCGCAGACAUGCGACGGUGGAGCGACGCCAUUCACCAGGCAGUCGAGGCGAAAGAGGGCGUGGAGAUUAAGCCCGUGUCAGAAACAGUAGCCCAGGUGACCUACCAGUCGCUCUUCCGCCUCUACAGCAAGGUGUCUGGGAUGACAGGCACCGCCAAGACUGAGCAGAAGGAGGAGAUCAAGCCUGUAUUUGGCAAAUCAGUGGUGUUCAUCCACCGUUUUGCCUUAUGUGUGGACGAGUCAGAGCGCCUCUACGCCAUGCUGCAGGUGGAGCAUCCUCGUCGGUUUGCCCACAUUCAAGUUCUCAACGCUCGGCCCGAAAACGCAACGCGUGAGGCAGAGAUCGUGGCGCAGGCAGGGCGGUUUAGAGGCAUCGCAUCUAAUGCAGCGCGUGAGGCAGAGAUCGUAGCACAGGCGGGGCGGUUUGGAGGCAUCACCAUCUCAACCAACAUGGCUGGCCGUGGCACUGACAUUGUGCUGGGCGGCAAUCCCGAGCUCCUGAGCAAGGAGGUGGUGAAGUGGGCACUGUUUGAAGCGCCAGCAGCCACAGCGGGGAACUACUUGGCUUUCAAGAAAGGCCCUCAUGCGAGGCAGGGGUUCUGGCCUAUUAAACUCCAAGAGGAUACCUUAAAGGAGCUCUACGCUGCUCAGUUCUCAUGGCGCAGCGUGGCAGCUGACUGGUCAGAGGCGCAGCAGCAGGCUGUGCUAGAGCAGGCAGAGACACAGGCUUUAAGGCCGUCAGCCACUCCUGGGGCUGGCGAGGGCAAGGAGGAGGGUUGGGAAUGGGGGGAACGCAGGGAGGAGGCGGGCGCAGGGAUGUGGGGAGGAGAUGCUGCAGAGGACACCGGAAUGAGCCCUCUGCCCUGGCGGACCGGUGAAAGUGACAGCACCAGCAGCAGCAGCAGCGGCAGCAAUGGCAGUGGUAUGAGCAGCAGGAGUGGUGGCUUCAGCAGCAGCAGCAGCAGCGGGGAGGGGGAAGGGGACGAGAGCGACGAGGACGAUGCAGAUGUGUGGGGGGGAGGCGGAGGGGUGCUGGGAGUGCGGGCGGUGCCGCGAUCGAUGCAGGAGAUGAUGGUGAGGGUGGUGGGACGGGCGCUGGGGCGGGUGAGCGCGGACUGCAAGGCGCACUGCCAGGAGGAGGGCGAGUAUGUGCGUUCGCUGGGGGGCCUGCAUGUCAUCGGCACUGCUCUGAGUGAAUCCAGACGAAUCGACAACCAGGUGAGGGGGGUUCUGGUGUUGGGAGGGCUCAUGGCGGAGGCUGUUGGGGAGGGUGAGUGCGGACUGCAAGGCGCACUGCCAGGAGGAGGGCGAGUAUGUGCGCUCGCUGGGGGGGCUUCAUGUCAUCUGGACUGCUCUCAGCGAGUCAAGAAGAAUCGACAACCAGCUCCUUUGGUCGUCUGCAGGAGUGCGGGCGGUGCCGGGGUCGAUGCAGGAGAUGGUGGUGAGGGUGGUGGGGCGGGCGUUGGGGCGGGCGUUGGGGCGGGCGUUGGGGCGGGGGUGCUGGGAGUGCGGGCGGUGCCGCGGUCGAUGCGGGAGAUGGUGGUGAGGGUGGUGGGGCGGGUGGUGGGGCGGGUGAGCGCGGACUGCAAGGCGCACUGCCAGGAGGAGGGCGAGUAUGUGCGCUCGCUGGGAGGCCUUCAUGUCAUCGGCACUGCUCUGAGUGAAUCCAGGCGGAUUGACAACCAGUCUAUAGAAGCCAACGGCGACUCUGACGAGUAUGUGCGCUCGCUGGGGGGGCUGCAUGUCAUCGGCACUGCUCUGAGUGAAUCCAGGCGGAUUGACAACCAGUUGAGGGGAAGGGCGGGUCGGCAGGGUGACCCUGGGUCAACUCAGUUCAUCAUCAGUAUGGAGGGUGACAUGUAUGGAGGAAGAUAUGAUGAGGGAGGUGCUUCCGGACUCAUCCCGAUCCAUCAAUUUCACCCCACUGCUUUUCUCUACACCCGCCCGCCCCCUCUACCUCCGUCCAGUAUGGAGGACGAUAUGAUGAGGGAGGUUCUACCAGACUCCUCUCGGGCCAUGCUGGAGCAGUUGCUGUACACGGGGGACUUUGACGAGGGCUUUCCCCACAUGGCCCUCACCCUCGCUUUGGUGCAGACGCAGAAGACCAUUGAAGCUGCGAUGUUUGAGCGGCGGCGGCAAAUGCUCGACUACGACCAGGUGUUUGAGCUACAGCGCAAGCACGUGUACGAGCUGAGAGAAUUCCUUCCUUCAGGAGUCUCAUUCCCUCUUACCUCUCACCUCACCCUCCCUCAAUUUCCUUCCUGCAUCUCACCCUCCCUGCAGCUGCAGCGCAAGCACGUGUACGAGCUGAGAGAGUCGAUCCUGGAAAAGAGUCUUCCCUCUUACCCACCUUCUUCUAUCUCAACCUCCUUCUUUCGAACUUCUCCACCUUUUCUCUUUCUCCCUCCCUGCAGCUCCAGCACGUCUGCAGCGCAAGCACGUGUACGAGCUGAGAGAGUCGAUCCUGGAAAAGAGUCUUCCCUCUUACCCACCUUCUUCUAUCUCAACCUCCUUCUUUCGAACUUCUCCACCUUUUCCCUUUCUCCCUCCCUGCAGCUCCAGCACGUACCGUGGCCCCACCUCCCACAACCACCGCCUUCCGUUUCCCCCUCUUCCCCUCUCCUCUCCCCUUCUCCUCUCGCUCCCCAACACCCCGGUGGCAUCAUGGCUCUUCGAUACCAUUCUCCCCCUCACUCCGCCUCCUCUCCCAUUCACCACCCAUGGCCUCUGUCUCCCAUUCCCCCUUUCCACUCACCAUAUCCCUCUGGUCUUAUUCUCCCUCCAUAUCCCUCUGGUCUUAUUCUCCCUCCAUAUCCCUCUGGUCUUAUUCUCCCUCCAUAUCCCUCUGGUCUUAUUCUCCCUCCAUAUCCCUCUGGUCUUAUUCUCCCUUCAUAUCCCUCUGGUCUUAUUCUCCCUCCAUAUCCCUCUGGUCUUAUUCUCCCUCCAUAUCCCUCUGGUCUUAUUCUCCCUCCAUAUCCCUCUGGUCUUAUUCUCCCUCCAUAUCCCUCUGGUCUUAUUCUCCCUCCAUAUCCCUCUGGUCUUAUUCUCCCUCCAUAUCCCUCUGGUCUUAUUCUCCCUUCAUAUCCCUCUGGUCUUAUUCUCCCUCCAUAUCCCUCUGGUCUUAUUCUCCCUCCAUAUCCCUCUGGUCUUGUUCUCCCUCCAUAUCCCUCUGGUCUUAUUCUCCCUCCAUAUCCCUCUGGUCUAAUUCUCCCUCCAUAUCCCUCUGGUCUUAUUCUCCCUCCAUAUCCCUCUGGUCUUAUUCUCCCUCCAUAUCCCUCUGCCUGUGGCAUCAUGGCCCAUCGGCACCUUGCUCAAGCGCCCCUCUUUCAUUCCCCCUCAUUCCACCUCUUCCUCCUUUCCCCUCCCUUCUCUUCCCUGUCACUCCCUCCCUGCCUGCCUCCAUUCCAACACCAGCCCGUGGCAUCAUGGCCCAUCGACACCUUGCUCAAGCGCCUUUCUCGCACCACUGGCAUAGACAUCUCCCAGCAUGUGGAUGCCACCUCCCUCAGCUCCGCCCUCUCCCACUCCCCUCCGCCAAACGCCAGCCACCGCUGGGACCUCAGAAAGCACCUUCCCCACGUCCUGCCUCCCCUGCCUGAGGAGGAGCAGUCAUCGAAGCACCUGGCAGCGCUGCGCAAGUACCUGGGGGACAUUCAUGACACUCACUCCACCUCAUCCCAUUUCCCCCACUGCAUUCCCUCUCCUUGCUUCUCCCCCCAGGAGGGGCAGGUCAUCGAAGCACCUGGCAGCGCUGCGCAAGUAACUGGGGGACAUGUGUCAUCGAAGCACCUGGCAGCGCUGCGCAAGUACCUGGGGGGCGUGGUUGUGACGAGCUACAGGGCCCACCUCGGGCUCUUUGUUGCGUCUCCACAGCAAAUGGAGUUCUUUGAGCCGUCUUUGCCUUUUUCCGAGCAGAGAGAGUCGCUGCUGUCCACGCUGGACCGGCUGUGGAGCGUGCACAUCGCCAACAUGGCCCGAUUGAGGAACGCGCUGUGGAGCGUGCACAUCGCCAACAUGGCCCGAUUGAGGAACGCGGUGAGUGGGUGGUGGGGUGAAGGCAAGAACAGAGAGACUGAGGGAUGUGCGUGUGGACAGUGGGUGGGAUGUGGGGCUUGUGCUUCUCUCCUUCAUGCUGGACCGGCUGUGGAGCGUGCACAUCGCCAACAUGGCCCGAUUGAGGAACGCGUACAGCACUCCAUGCUGGACGUCCACAUUGCCAACAAGCUGGACGUCCACAUUGCCAACAAGCUGGACGUCCACAUUGCCAACAAGCUGGACGUCCACAUUGCCAACAAGCUGGACGUCCACAUUGCCAACAAGCUGGACGUCCACAUUGCCAACAAGCUGGACGUCCACAUUGCCAACAAGCUGGACGUCCACAUUGCCAACAAGCUGGACGUCCACAUUGCCAACAAGCUGGACGUCCACAUUGCCAACAAGCUGGACGUCCACAUUGCCAACAAGCUGGACGUCCACAUUGCCAACAAGCUGGACGUCCACAUUGCCAACAAGCUGGACGUCCACAUUGCCAACAAGCUGGACGUCCACAUUGCCAACAAGCUGGACGUCCACAUUGCCAACAAGCUGGACGUCCACAUUGCCAACAAGCUGGACGUCCACAUUGCCAACAAGCUGGACGUCCACAUUGCCAACAAGCUGGACGUCCACAUUGCCAACAAGCUGGACGUCCACAUUGCCAACAAGCUGGACGUCCACAUUGCCAACAAGCUGGACGUCCACAUUGCCAACAAGCUGGACGUCCACAUUGCCAACAAGCUGGACGUCCACAUUGCCAACAAGCUGGACGUCCACAUUGCCAACAAGCUGGACGUCCACAUUGCCAACAAGCUGGACGUCCACAUUGCCAACAAGCUGGACGUCCACAUUGCCAACAAGCUGGACGUCCACAUUGCCAACAAGCUGGACGUCCACAUUGCCAACAAGCUGGACGUCCACAUUGCCAACAAGCUGGACGUCCACAUUGCCAACAAGCUGGACGUCCACAUUGCCAACAAGCUGGACCUCCACAUUGCCAACAAGCUGGACGUCCACAUUGCCAACAAGCUGGACCUCCACAUUGCCAACAAGCUGGACCUCCACAUUGCCAACAAGCUGGACCUCCACAUUGCCAACAAGCUGGACCUCCACAUUGCCAACAAGCUGGACCUCCACAUUGCCAACAAGCUGGACCUCCACAUUGCCAACAAGCUGGACCUCCACAUUGCCAACAAGCUGGACGUCCACAUUGCCAACAAGCUGGACGUCCACAUUGCCAACAAGCUGGACGUCCACAUUGCCAACAAGCUGGACGUCCACAUUGUCAACAAGCUGGACGUCCACAUUGCCAACAAGCUGGACCUCCACAUUGCCAACAAGCUGGACGUCCACAUUGCCAACAAGCUGGACGUCCACAUUGCCAACAAGCUGGACGUCCACAUUGUCAACAAGCUGGACGUCCACAUUGCCAACAAGCUGGACGUCCACAUUGCCAACAAGCUGGACGUCCACAUUGCCAACAAGCUGGACGUCCACAUUGCCAACAAGCUGGACGUCCACAUUGCCAACAAGCUGGACGUCCACAUUGCCAACAAGCUGGACGUCCACAUUGCCAACAAGCUGGACGUCCACAUUGCCAACAAGCUGGACGUCCACAUUGCCAACAAGCUGGACGUCCACAUUGCCAACAAGCUGGACGUCCACAUUGCCAACAAGCUGGACGUCCACAUUGCCAACAAGCUGGACGUCCACAUUGCCAACAAGCUGGACGUCCACAUUGCCAACAAGCUGGACGUCCACAUUGCCAACAAGCUGGACGUCCACAUUGCCAACAAGCUGGACGUCCACAUUGCCAACAAGCUGGACGUCCACAUUGCCAACAAGCUGGACGUCCACAUUGCCAACAAGCUGGACGUCCACAUUGCCAACAAGCUGGACGUCCACAUUGCCAACAAGCUGGACGUCCACAUUGCCAACAAGCUGGACGUCCACAUUGCCAACAAGCUGGACGUCCACAUUGCCAACAAGCUGGACGUCCACAUUGCCAACAAGCUGGACGUCCACAUUGCCAACAAGCUGGACGUCCACAUUGCCAACAAGCUGGACCUCCACAUUGCCAACAAGCUGGACGUCCACAUUGCCAACAAGCUGGACCUCCACAUUGCCAACAAGCUGGACCUCCACAUUGCCAACAAGCUGGACCUCCACAUUGCCAACAAGCUGGACCUCCACAUUGCCAACAAGCUGGACCUCCACAUUGCCAACAAGCUGGACCUCCACAUUGCCAACAAGCUGGACCUCCACAUUGCCAACAAGCUGGACGUCCACAUUGCCAACAAGCUGGACGUCCACAUUGCCAACAAGCUGGACGUCCACAUUGCCAACAAGCUGGACGUCCACAUUGUCAACAAGCUGGACGUCCACAUUGCCAACAAGCUGGACCUCCACAUUGCCAACAAGCUGGACGUCCACAUUGCCAACAAGCUGGACGUCCACAUUGCCAACAAGCUGGACGUCCACAUUGUCAACAAGCUGGACGUCCACAUUGCCAACAAGCUGGACGUCCACAUUGCCAACAAGCUGGACGUCCACAUUGCCAACAAGCUGGACGUCCACAUUGCCAACAAGCUGGACGUCCACAUUGCCAACAAGCUGGACGUCCACAUUGCCAACAAGCUGGACGUCCACAUUGCCAACAAGCUGGACGUCCACAUUGCCAACAAGCUGGACGUCCACAUUGCCAACAAGCUGGACGUCCACAUUGCCAACAAGCUGGACGUCCACAUUGCCAACAAGCUGGACGUCCACAUUGCCAACAAGCUGGACGUCCACAUUGCCAACAAGCUGGACGUCCACAUUGCCAACAAGCUGGACGUCCACAUUGCCAACAAGCUGGACGUCCACAUUGCCAACAAGCUGGACGUCCACAUUGCCAACAAGCUGGACGUCCACAUUGCCAACAAGCUGGACGUCCACAUUGCCAACAAGCUGGACGUCCACAUUGCCAACAAGCUGGACGUCCACAUUGCCAACAAGCUGGACGUCCACAUUGCCAACAAGCUGGACGUCCACAUUGCCAACAAGCUGGACGUCCACAUUGCCAACAAGCUGGACGUCCACAUUGCCAACAAGCUGGACGUCCACAUUGCCAACAAGCUGGACGUCCACAUUGCCAACAAGCUGGACGUCCACAUUGCCAACAAGCUGGACGUCCACAUUGCCAACAAGCUGGACGUCCACAUUGCCAACAAGCUGGACGUCCACAUUGCCAACAAGCUGGACGUCCACAUUGCCAACAAGCUGGACGUCCACAUUGCCAACAAGCUGGACGUCCACAUUGCCAACAAGCUGGACGUCCACAUUGCCAACAAGCUGGACGUCCACAUUGCCAACAAGCUGGACGUCCACAUUGCCAACAAGCUGGACGUCCACAUUGCCAACAAGCUGGACGUCCACAUUGCCAACAAGCUGGACGUCCACAUUGCCAACAAGCUGGACGUCCACAUUGCCAACAAGCUGGACGUCCACAUUGCCAACAAGCUGGACGUCCACAUUGCCAACAAGCUGGACGUCCACAUUGCCAACAAGCUGGACGUCCACAUUGCCAACAAGCUGGACGUCCACAUUGCCAACAAGCUGGACGUCCACAUUGCCAACAAGCUGGACGUCCACAUUGCCAACAAGCUGGACGUCCACAUUGCCAACAAGCUGGACGUCCACAUUGCCAACAAGCUGGACGUCCACAUUGCCAACAAGCUGGACGUCCACAUUGCCAACAAGCUGGACGUCCACAUUGCCAACAAGCUGGACGUCCACAUUGCCAACAAGCUGGACGUCCACAUUGCCAACAAGCUGGACGUCCACAUUGCCAACAAGCUGGACGUCCACAUUGCCAACAAGCUGGACGUCCACAUUGCCAACAAGCUGGACGUCCACAUUGCCAACAAGCUGGACGUCCACAUUGCCAACAAGCUGGACGUCCACAUUGCCAACAAGCUGGACGUCCACAUUGCCAACAAGCUGGACGUCCACAUUGCCAACAAGCUGGACGUCCACAUUGCCAACAAGCUGGACGUCCACAUUGCCAACAAGCUGGACGUCCACAUUGCCAACAAGCUGGACGUCCACAUUGCCAACAAGCUGGACGUCCACAUUGCCAACAAGCUGGACGUCCACAUUGCCAACAAGCUGGACGUCCACAUUGCCAACAAGCUGGACGUCCACAUUGCCAACAAGCUGGACGUCCACAUUGCCAACAAGCUGGACGUCCACAUUGCCAACAAGCUGGACGUCCACAUUGCCAACAAGCUGGACGUCCACAUUGCCAACAAGCUGGACGUCCACAUUGCCAACAAGCUGGACGUCCACAUUGCCAACAAGCUGGACGUCCACAUUGCCAACAAGCUGGACGUCCACAUUGCCAACAAGCUGGACGUCCACAUUGCCAACAAGCUGGACGUCCACAUUGCCAACAAGCUGGACGUCCACAUUGCCAACAAGCUGGACGUCCACAUUGCCAACAAGCUGGACGUCCACAUUGCCAACAAGCUGGACGUCCACAUUGCCAACAAGCUGGACGUCCACAUUGCCAACAAGCUGGACGUCCACAUUGCCAACAAGCUGGACGUCCACAUUGCCAACAAGCUGGACGUCCACAUUGCCAACAAGCUGGACGUCCACAUUGCCAACAAGCUGGACGUCCACAUUGCCAACAAGCUGGACGUCCACAUUGCCAACAAGCUGGACGUCCACAUUGCCAACAAGCUGGACGUCCACAUUGCCAACAAGCUGGACGUCCACAUUGCCAACAAGCUGGACGUCCACAUUGCCAACAAGCUGGACGUCCACAUUGCCAACAAGCUGGACGUCCACAUUGCCAACAAGCUGGACGUCCACAUUGCCAACAAGCUGGACGUCCACAUUGCCAACAAGCUGGACGUCCACAUUGCCAACAAGCUGGACGUCCACAUUGCCAACAAGCUGGACGUCCACAUUGCCAACAAGCUGGACGUCCACAUUGCCAACAAGCUGGACGUCCACAUUGCCAACAAGCUGGACGUCCACAUUGCCAACAAGCUGGACGUCCACAUUGCCAACAAGCUGGACGUCCACAUUGCCAACAAGCUGGACGUCCACAUUGCCAACAAGCUGGACGUCCACAUUGCCAACAAGCUGGACGUCCACAUUGCCAACAAGCUGGACGUCCACAUUGCCAACAAGCUGGACGUCCACAUUGCCAACAAGCUGGACGUCCACAUUGCCAACAAGCUGGACGUCCACAUUGCCAACAAGCUGGACGUCCACAUUGCCAACAAGCUGGACGUCCACAUUGCCAACAAGCUGGACGUCCACAUUGCCAACAAGCUGGACGUCCACAUUGCCAACAAGCUGGACGUCCACAUUGCCAACAAGCUGGACGUCCACAUUGCCAACAAGCUGGACGUCCACAUUGCCAACAAGCUGGACGUCCACAUUGCCAACAAGCUGGACGUCCACAUUGCCAACAAGCUGGACGUCCACAUUGCCAACAAGCUGGACGUCCACAUUGCCAACAAGCUGGACGUCCACAUUGCCAACAAGCUGGACGUCCACAUUGCCAACAAGCUGGACGUCCACAUUGCCAACAAGCUGGACGUCCACAUUGCCAACAAGCUGGACCUGGACGUCCACAUUGCCAACAAGCUGGACGUCCACAUUGCCAACAAGCUGGACGUCCACAUUGCCAACAAGCUGGACGUCCACAUUGCCAACAAGCUGGACGUCCACAUUGCCAACAAGCUGGACGUCCACAUUGCCAACAAGCUGGACGUCCACAUUGCCAACAAGCUGGACGUCCACAUUGCCAACAAGCUGGACGUCCACAUUGCCAACAAGCUGGACGUCCACAUUGCCAACAAGCUGGACGUCCACAUUGCCAACAAGCUGGACGUCCACAUUGCCAACAAGCUGGACGUCCACAUUGCCAACAAGCUGGACGUCCACAUUGCCAACAAGCUGGACGUCCACAUUGCCAACAAGCUGGACGUCCACAUUGCCAACAAGCUGGACGUCCACAUUGCCAACAAGCUGGACGUCCACAUUGCCAACAAGCUGGACGUCCACAUUGCCAACAAGCUGGACGUCCACAUUGCCAACAAGCUGGACGUCCACAUUGCCAACAAGCUGGACGUCCACAUUGCCAACAAGCUGGACGUCCACAUUGCCAACAAGCUGGACGUCCACAUUGCCAACAAGCUGGACGUCCACAUUGCCAACAAGCUGGACGUCCACAUUGCCAACAAGCUGGACGUCCACAUUGCCAACAAGCUGGACGUCCACAUUGCCAACAAGCUGGACGUCCACAUUGCCAACAAGCUGGACGUCCACAUUGCCAACAAGCUGGACGUCCACAUUGCCAACAAGCUGGACGUCCACAUUGCCAACAAGCUGGACGUCCACAUUGCCAACAAGCUGGACGUCCACAUUGCCAACAAGCUGGACGUCCACAUUGCCAACAAGCUGGACGUCCACAUUGCCAACAAGCUGGACGUCCACAUUGCCAACAAGCUGGACGUCCACAUUGCCAACAAGCUGGACGUCCACAUUGCCAACAAGCUGGACGUCCACAUUGCCAACAAGCUGGACGUCCACAUUGCCAACAAGCUGGACGUCCACAUUGCCAACAAGCUGGACGUCCACAUUGCCAACAAGCUGGACGUCCACAUUGCCAACAAGCUGGACGUCCACAUUGCCAACAAGCUGGACGUCCACAUUGCCAACAAGCUGGACGUCCACAUUGCCAACAAGCUGGACGUCCACAUUGCCAACAAGCUGGACGUCCACAUUGCCAACAAGCUGGACGUCCACAUUGCCAACAAGCUGGACGUCCACAUUGCCAACAAGCUGGACGUCCACAUUGCCAACAAGCUGGACGUCCACAUUGCCAACAAGCUGGACGUCCACAUUGCCAACAAGCUGGACGUCCACAUUGCCAACAAGCUGGACGUCCACAUUGCCAACAAGCUGGACGUCCACAUUGCCAACAAGCUGGACGUCCACAUUGCCAACAAGCUGGACGUCCACAUUGCCAACAAGCUGGACGUCCACAUUGCCAACAAGCUGGACGUCCACAUUGCCAACAAGCUGGACGUCCACAUUGCCAACAAGCUGGACGUCCACAUUGCCAACAAGCUGGACGUCCACAUUGCCAACAAGCUGGACGUCCACAUUGCCAACAAGCUGGACGUCCACAUUGCCAACAAGCUGGACGUCCACAUUGCCAACAAGCUGGACGUCCACAUUGCCAACAAGCUGGACGUCCACAUUGCCAACAAGCUGGACGUCCACAUUGCCAACAAGCUGGACGUCCACAUUGCCAACAAGCUGGACGUCCACAUUGCCAACAAGCUGGACGUCCACAUUGCCAACAAGCUGGACGUCCACAUUGCCAACAAGCUGGACGUCCACAUUGCCAACAAGCUGGACGUCCACAUUGCCAACAAGCUGGACGUCCACAUUGCCAACAAGCUGGACGUCCACAUUGCCAACAAGCUGGACGUCCACAUUGCCAACAAGCUGGACGUCCACAUUGCCAACAAGCUGGACGUCCACAUUGCCAACAAGCUGGACGUCCACAUUGCCAACAAGCUGGACGUCCACAUUGCCAACAAGCUGGACGUCCACAUUGCCAACAAGCUGGACGUCCACAUUGCCAACAAGCUGGACGUCCACAUUGCCAACAAGCUGGACGUCCACAUUGCCAACAAGCUGGACGUCCACAUUGCCAACAAGCUGGACGUCCACAUUGCCAACAAGCUGGACGUCCACAUUGCCAACAAGCUGGACGUCCACAUUGCCAACAAGCUGGACGUCCACAUUGCCAACAAGCUGGACGUCCACAUUGCCAACAAGCUGGACGUCCACAUUGCCAACAAGCUGGACGUCCACAUUGCCAACAAGCUGGACGUCCACAUUGCCAACAAGCUGGACGUCCACAUUGCCAACAAGCUGGACGUCCACAUUGCCAACAAGCUGGACGUCCACAUUGCCAACAAGCUGGACGUCCACAUUGCCAACAAGCUGGACGUCCACAUUGCCAACAAGCUGGACGUCCACAUUGCCAACAAGCUGGACGUCCACAUUGCCAACAAGCUGGACGUCCACAUUGCCAACAAGCUGGACGUCCACAUUGCCAACAAGCUGGACGUCCACAUUGCCAACAAGCUGGACGUCCACAUUGCCAACAAGCUGGACGUCCACAUUGCCAACAAGCUGGACGUCCACAUUGCCAACAAGCUGGACGUCCACAUUGCCAACAAGCUGGACGUCCACAUUGCCAACAAGCUGGACGUCCACAUUGCCAACAAGCUGGACGUCCACAUUGCCAACAAGCUGGACGUCCACAUUGCCAACAAGCUGGACGUCCACAUUGCCAACAAGCUGGACGUCCACAUUGCCAACAAGCUGGACGUCCACAUUGCCAACAAGCUGGACGUCCACAUUGCCAACAAGCUGGACGUCCACAUUGCCAACAAGCUGGACGUCCACAUUGCCAACAAGCUGGACGUCCACAUUGCCAACAAGCUGGACGUCCACAUUGCCAACAAGCUGGACGUCCACAUUGCCAACAAGCUGGACGUCCACAUUGCCAACAAGCUGGACGUCCACAUUGCCAACAAGCUGGACGUCCACAUUGCCAACAAGCUGGACGUCCACAUUGCCAACAAGCUGGACGUCCACAUUGCCAACAAGCUGGACGUCCACAUUGCCAACAAGCUGGACGUCCACAUUGCCAACAAGCUGGACGUCCACAUUGCCAACAAGCUGGACGUCCACAUUGCCAACAAGCUGGACGUCCACAUUGCCAACAAGCUGGACGUCCACAUUGCCAACAAGCUGGACGUCCACAUUGCCAACAAGCUGGACGUCCACAUUGCCAACAAGCUGGACGUCCACAUUGCCAACAAGCUGGACGUCCACAUUGCCAACAAGCUGGACGUCCACAUUGCCAACAAGCUGGACGUCCACAUUGCCAACAAGCUGGACGUCCACAUUGCCAACAAGCUGGACGUCCACAUUGCCAACAAGCUGGACGUCCACAUUGCCAACAAGCUGGACGUCCACAUUGCCAACAAGCUGGACGUCCACAUUGCCAACAAGCUGGACGUCCACAUUGCCAACAAGCUGGACGUCCACAUUGCCAACAAGCUGGACGUCCACAUUGCCAACAAGCUGGACGUCCACAUUGCCAACAAGCUGGACGUCCACAUUGCCAACAAGCUGGACGUCCACAUUGCCAACAAGCUGGACGUCCACAUUGCCAACAAGCUGGACGUCCACAUUGCCAACAAGCUGGACGUCCACAUUGCCAACAAGCUGGACGUCCACAUUGCCAACAAGCUGGACGUCCACAUUGCCAACAAGCUGGACGUCCACAUUGCCAACAAGCUGGACGUCCACAUUGCCAACAAGCUGGACGUCCACAUUGCCAACAAGCUGGACGUCCACAUUGCCAACAAGCUGGACGUCCACAUUGCCAACAAGCUGGACGUCCACAUUGCCAACAAGCUGGACGUCCACAUUGCCAACAAGCUGGACGUCCACAUUGCCAACAAGCUGGACGUCCACAUUGCCAACAAGCUGGACGUCCACAUUGCCAACAAGCUGGACGUCCACAUUGCCAACAAGCUGGACGUCCACAUUGCCAACAAGCUGGACGUCCACAUUGCCAACAAGCUGGACGUCCACAUUGCCAACAAGCUGGACGUCCACAUUGCCAACAAGCUGGACGUCCACAUUGCCAACAAGCUGGACCUGGACGUCCACAUUGCCAACAAGCUGGACGUCCACAUUGCCAACAAGCUGGACGUCCACAUUGCCAACAAGCUGGACGUCCACAUUGCCAACAAGCUGGACGUCCACAUUGCCAACAAGCUGGACGUCCACAUUGCCAACAAGCUGGACGUCCACAUUGCCAACAAGCUGGACGUCCACAUUGCCAACAAGCUGGACGUCCACAUUGCCAACAAGCUGGACCUCCACAUUGCCAACAAGCUGGACCUCCACAUUGCCAACAAGCUGGACCUCCACAUUGCCAACAAGCUGGACGUCCACAUUGCCAACAAGCUGGACGUCCACAUUGCCAACAAGCUGGACGUCCACAUUGCCAACAAGCUGGACGUCCACAUUGCCAACAAGCUGGACGUCCACAUUGCCAACAAGCUGGACGUCCACAUUGCCAACAAGCUGGACGUCCACAUUGCCAACAAGCUGGACGUCCACAUUGCCAACAAGCUGGACGUCCACAUUGCCAACAAGCUGGACGUCCACAUUGCCAACAAGCUGGACGUCCACAUUGCCAACAAGCUGGACGUCCACAUUGCCAACAAGCUGGACGUCCACAUUGCCAACAAGCUGGACGUCCACAUUGCCAACAAGCUGGACGUCCACAUUGCCAACAAGCUGGACGUCCACAUUGCCAACAAGCUGGACGUCCACAUUGCCAACAAGCUGGACGUCCACAUUGCCAACAAGCUGGACGUCCACAUUGCCAACAAGCUGGACGUCCACAUUGCCAACAAGCUGGACGUCCACAUUGCCAACAAGCUGGACGUCCACAUUGCCAACAAGCUGGACGUCCACAUUGCCAACAAGCUGGACGUCCACAUUGCCAACAAGCUGGACGUCCACAUUGCCAACAAGCUGGACGUCCACAUUGCCAACAAGCUGGACGUCCACAUUGCCAACAAGCUGGACGUCCACAUUGCCAACAAGCUGGACGUCCACAUUGCCAACAAGCUGGACGUCCACAUUGCCAACAAGCUGGACGUCCACAUUGCCAACAAGCUGGACGUCCACAUUGCCAACAAGCUGGACGUCCACAUUGCCAACAAGCUGGACGUCCACAUUGCCAACAAGCUGGACGUCCACAUUGCCAACAAGCUGGACGUCCACAUUGCCAACAAGCUGGACGUCCACAUUGCCAACAAGCUGGACGUCCACAUUGCCAACAAGCUGGACGUCCACAUUGCCAACAAGCUGGACGUCCACAUUGCCAACAAGCUGGACGUCCACAUUGCCAACAAGCUGGACGUCCACAUUGCCAACAAGCUGGACGUCCACAUUGCCAACAAGCUGGACGUCCACAUUGCCAACAAGCUGGACGUCCACAUUGCCAACAAGCUGGACGUCCACAUUGCCAACAAGCUGGACGUCCACAUUGCCAACAAGCUGGACGUCCACAUUGCCAACAAGCUGGACGUCCACAUUGCCAACAAGCUGGACGUCCACAUUGCCAACAAGCUGGACGUCCACAUUGCCAACAAGCUGGACGUCCACAUUGCCAACAAGCUGGACGUCCACAUUGCCAACAAGCUGGACGUCCACAUUGCCAACAAGCUGGACGUCCACAUUGCCAACAAGCUGGACGUCCACAUUGCCAACAAGCUGGACGUCCACAUUGCCAACAAGCUGGACGUCCACAUUGCCAACAAGCUGGACGUCCACAUUGCCAACAAGCUGGACGUCCACAUUGCCAACAAGCUGGACCUGGACCUCCACAUUGCCAACAAGCUGGACGUCCACAUUGCCAACAAGCUGGACCUCCACAUUGCCAACAAGCUGGACGUCCACAUUGCCAACAAGCUGGACGUCCACAUUGCCAACAAGCUGGACGUCCACAUUGCCAACAAGCUGGACGUCCACAUUGCCAACAAGCUGGACGUCCACAUUGCCAACAAGCUGGACGUCCACAUUGCCAACAAGCUGGACGUCCACAUUGCCAACAAGCUGGACGUCCACAUUGCCAACAAGCUGGACGUCCACAUUGCCAACAAGCUGGACGUCCACAUUGCCAACAAGCUGGACGUCCACAUUGCCAACAAGCUGGACGUCCACAUUGCCAACAAGCUGGACGUCCACAUUGCCAACAAGCUGGACGUCCACAUUGCCAACAAGCUGGACGUCCACAUUGCCAACAAGCUGGACGUCCACAUUGCCAACAAGCUGGACGUCCACAUUGCCAACAAGCUGGACGUCCACAUUGCCAACAAGCUGGACGUCCACAUUGCCAACAAGCUGGACGUCCACAUUGCCAACAAGCUGGACGUCCACAUUGCCAACAAGCUGGACGUCCACAUUGCCAACAAGCUGGACGUCCACAUUGCCAACAAGCUGGACCUCCACAUUGCCAACAAGCUGGACGUCCACAUUGCCAACAAGCUGGACGUCCACAUUGCCAACAAGCUGGACGUCCACAUUGCCAACAAGCUGGACGUCCACAUUGCCAACAAGCUGGACGUCCACAUUGCCAACAAGCUGGACGUCCACAUUGCCAACAAGCUGGACGUCCACAUUGCCAACAAGCUGGACGUCCACAUUGCCAACAAGCUGGACGUCCACAUUGCCAACAAGCUGGACGUCCACAUUGCCAACAAGCUGGACGUCCACAUUGCCAACAAGCUGGACCUCCACAUUGCCAACAAGCUGGACGUCCACAUUGCCAACAAGCUGGACCUCCACAUUGCCAACAAGCUGGACCUCCACAUUGCCAACAAGCUGGACCUCCACAUUGCCAACAAGCUGGACCUCCACAUUGCCAACAAGCUGGACCUCCACAUUGCCAACAAGCUGGACCUCCACAUUGCCAACAAGCUGGACGUCCACAUUGCCAACAAGCUGGACGUCCACAUUGCCAACAAGCUGGACGUCCACAUUGCCAACAAGCUGGACGUCCACAUUGCCAACAAGCUGGACGUCCACAUUGCCAACAAGCUGGACGUCCACAUUGCCAACAAGCUGGACGUCCACAUUGCCAACAAGCUGGACGUCCACAUUGCCAACAAGCUGGACGUCCACAUUGCCAACAAGCUGGACGUCCACAUUGCCAACAAGCUGGACGUCCACAUUGCCAACAAGCUGGACGUCCACAUUGCCAACAAGCUGGACGUCCACAUUGCCAACAAGCUGGACGUCCACAUUGCCAACAAGCUGGACGUCCACAUUGCCAACAAGCUGGACGUCCACAAGUGCCGUCAACAUACACUGCCCAACAAGCUGGACGUCCACAUUGCCAACAAGCUGGACGUCCACAUUGCCAACAAGCUGGACGUCCACAUUGCCAACAAGCUGGACGUCCACAUUGCCAACAAGCUGGACGUCCACAUUGCCAACAAGCUGGACGUCCACAUUGCCAACAAGCUGGACGUCCACAUUGCCAACAAGCUGGACGUCCACAUUGCCAACAAGCUGGACGUCCACAUUGCCAACAAGCUGGACGUCCACAUUGCCAACAAGCUGGACGUCCACAUUGCCAACAAGCUGGACGUCCACAUUGCCAACAAGCUGGACGUCCACAUUGCCAACAAGCUGGACGUCCACAUUGCCAACAAGCUGGACGUCCACAUUGCCAACAAGCUGGACGUCCACAUUGCCAACAAGCUGGACGUCCACAUUGCCAACAAGCUGGACGUCCACAUUGCCAACAAGCUGGACGUCCACAUUGCCAACAAGCUGGACGUCCACAUUGCCAACAAGCUGGACGUCCACAUUGCCAACAAGCUGGACGUCCACAUUGCCAACAAGCUGGACGUCCACAUUGCCAACAAGCUGGACGUCCACAUUGCCAACAAGCUGGACGUCCACAUUGCCAACAAGCUGGACGUCCACAUUGCCAACAAGCUGGACCUGGACCUCCACAUUGCCAACAAGCUGGACGUCCACAUUGCCAACAAGCUGGACCUCCACAUUGCCAACAAGCUGGACGUCCACAUUGCCAACAAGCUGGACGUCCACAUUGCCAACAAGCUGGACGUCCACAUUGCCAACAAGCUGGACGUCCACAUUGCCAACAAGCUGGACGUCCACAUUGCCAACAAGCUGGACGUCCACAUUGCCAACAAGCUGGACGUCCACAUUGCCAACAAGCUGGACGUCCACAUUGCCAACAAGCUGGACGUCCACAUUGCCAACAAGCUGGACGUCCACAUUGCCAACAAGCUGGACGUCCACAUUGCCAACAAGCUGGACGUCCACAUUGCCAACAAGCUGGACGUCCACAUUGCCAACAAGCUGGACGUCCACAUUGCCAACAAGCUGGACGUCCACAUUGCCAACAAGCUGGACGUCCACAUUGCCAACAAGCUGGACGUCCACAUUGCCAACAAGCUGGACGUCCACAUUGCCAACAAGCUGGACGUCCACAUUGCCAACAAGCUGGACCUCCACAUUGCCAACAAGCUGGACCUCCACAUUGCCAACAAGCUGGACGUCCACAUUGCCAACAAGCUGGACGUCCACAUUGCCAACAAGCUGGACGUCCACAUUGCCAACAAGCUGGACGUCCACAUUGCCAACAAGCUGGACGUCCACAUUGCCAACAAGCUGGACGUCCACAUUGCCAACAAGCUGGACGUCCACAUUGCCAACAAGCUGGACGUCCACAUUGCCAACAAGCUGGACGUCCACAUUGCCAACAAGCUGGACGUCCACAUUGCCAACAAGCUGGACGUCCACAUUGCCAACAAGCUGGACGUCCACAUUGCCAACAAGCUGGACCUCCACAUUGCCAACAAGCUGGACCUCCACAUUGCCAACAAGCUGGACCUCCACAUUGCCAACAAGCUGGACCUCCACAUUGCCAACAAGCUGGACCUCCACAUUGCCAACAAGCUGGACCUCCACAUUGCCAACAAGCUGGACCUCCACAUUGCCAACAAGCUGGACCUCCACAUUGCCAACAAGCUGGACGUCCACAUUGCCAACAAGCUGGACCUCCACAUUGCCAACAAGCUGGACGUCCACAUUGCCAACAAGCUGGACGUCCACAUUGCCAACAAGCUGGACGUCCACAUUGCCAACAAGCUGGACGUCCACAUUGCCAACAAGCUGGACGUCCACAUUGCCAACAAGCUGGACGUCCACAUUGCCAACAAGCUGGACGUCCACAUUGCCAACAAGCUGGACGUCCACAUUGCCAACAAGCUGGACGUCCACAUUGCCAACAAGCUGGACGUCCACAUUGCCAACAAGCUGGACGUCCACAUUGCCAACAAGCUGGACGUCCACAUUGCCAACAAGCUGGACGUCCACAUUGCCAACAAGCUGGACGUCCACAUUGCCAACAAGCUGGACGUCCACAUUGCCAACAAGCUGGACGUCCACAUUGCCAACAAGCUGGACGUCCACAUUGCCAACAAGCUGGACGUCCACAUUGCCAACAAGCUGGACGUCCACAUUGCCAACAAGCUGGACGUCCACAUUGCCAACAAGCUGGACGUCCACAUUGCCAACAAGCUGGACGUCCACAUUGCCAACAAGCUGGACGUCCACAUUGCCAACAAGCUGGACGUCCACAUUGCCAACAAGCUGGACGUCCACAUUGCCAACAAGCUGGACGUCCACAUUGCCAACAAGCUGGACGUCCACAUUGCCAACAAGCUGGACGUCCACAUUGCCAACAAGCUGGACGUCCACAUUGCCAACAAGCUGGACGUCCACAUUGCCAACAAGCUGGACGUCCACAUUGCCAACAAGCUGGACCUCCACAUUGCCAACAAGCUGGACCUCCACAUUGCCAACAAGCUGGACGUCCACAUUGCCAACAAGCUGGACGUCCACAUUGCCAACAAGCUGGACGUCCACAUUGCCAACAAGCUGGACGUCCACAUUGCCAACAAGCUGGACGUCCACAUUGCCAACAAGCUGGACGUCCACAUUGCCAACAAGCUGGACCUCCACAUUGCCAACAAGCUGGACCUCCACAUUGCCAACAAGCUGGACGUCCACAUUGCCAACAAGCUGGACGUCCACAUUGCCAACAAGCUGGACGUCCACAUUGCCAACAAGCUGGACGUCCACAUUGCCAACAAGCUGGACGUCCACAUUGCCAACAAGCUGGACGUCCACAUUGCCAACAAGCUGGACGUCCACAUUGCCAACAAGCUGGACGUCCACAUUGCCAACAAGCUGGACGUCCACAUUGCCAACAAGCUGGACGUCCACAUUGCCAACAAGCUGGACGUCCACAUUGCCAACAAGCUGGACGUCCACAUUGCCAACAAGCUGGACGUCCACAUUGCCAACAAGCUGGACGUCCACAUUGCCAACAAGCUGGACGUCCACAUUGCCAACAAGCUGGACGUCCACAUUGCCAACAAGCUGGACGUCCACAUUGCCAACAAGCUGGACCUCCACAUUGCCAACAAGCUGGACCUCCACAUUGCCAACAAGCUGGACGUCCACAUUGCCAACAAGCUGGACCUCCACAUUGCCAACAAGCUGGACGUCCACAUUGCCAACAAGCUGGACGUCCACAUUGCCAACAAGCUGGACGUCCACAUUGCCAACAAGCUGGACGUCCACAUUGCCAACAAGCUGGACGUCCACAUUGCCAACAAGCUGGACGUCCACAUUGCCAACAAGCUGGACGUCCACAUUGCCAACAAGCUGGACGUCCACAUUGCCAACAAGCUGGACGUCCACAUUGCCAACAAGCUGGACGUCCACAUUGCCAACAAGCUGGACGUCCACAUUGCCAACAAGCUGGACGUCCACAUUGCCAACAAGCUGGACGUCCACAUUGCCAACAAGCUGGACGUCCACAUUGCCAACAAGCUGGACGUCCACAUUGCCAACAAGCUGGACCUGGACGUCCACAUUGCCAACAAGCUGGACCUCCACAUUGCCAACAAGCUGGACGUCCACAUUGCCAACAAGCUGGACGUCCACAUUGCCAACAAGCUGGACGUCCACAUUGCCAACAAGCUGGACGUCCACAUUGCCAACAAGCUGGACGUCCACAUUGCCAACAAGCUGGACGUCCACAUUGCCAACAAGCUGGACGUCCACAUUGCCAACAAGCUGGACGUCCACAUUGCCAACAAGCUGGACGUCCACAUUGCCAACAAGCUGGACGUCCACAUUGCCAACAAGCUGAACCUCCACAUUGCCAACAAGCUGGACGUCCACAUUGCCAACAAGCUGGACCUCCACAUUGCCAACAAGCUGGACCUCCACAUUGCCAACAAGCUGGACCUCCACAUUGCCAACAAGCUGGACCUCCACAUUGCCAACAAGCUGGACCUCCACAUUGCCAACAAGCUGGACCUCCACAUUGCCAACAAGCUGGACCUCCACAUUGCCAACAAGCUGGACGUCCACAUUGCCAACAAGCUGGACGUCCACAUUGCCAACAAGCUGGACGUCCACAUUGCCAACAAGCUGGACGUCCACAUUGCCAACAAGCUGGACGUCCACAUUGCCAACAAGCUGGACGUCCACAUUGCCAACAAGCUGGACGUCCACAUUGCCAACAAGCUGGACGUCCACAUUGCCAACAAGCUGGACGUCCACAUUGCCAACAAGCUGGACGUCCACAUUGCCAACAAGCUGGACGUCCACAUUGCCAACAAGCUGGACGUCCACAUUGCCAACAAGCUGGACGUCCACAUUGCCAACAAGCUGGACGUCCACAUUGCCAACAAGCUGGACGUCCACAUUGCCAACAAGCUGGACGUCCACAUUGCCAACAAGCUGGACGUCCACAUUGCCAACAAGCUGGACCUCCACAUUGCCAACAAGCUGGACCUCCACAUUGCCAACAAGCUGGACCUCCACAUUGCCAACAAGCUGGACCUCCACAUUGCCAACAAGCUGGACCUCCACAUUGCCAACAAGCUGGACGUCCACAUUGCCAACAAGCUGGACGUCCACAUUGCCAACAAGCUGGACGUCCACAUUGCCAACAAGCUGGACGUCCACAUUGCCAACAAGCUGGACGUCCACAUUGCCAACAAGCUGGACGUCCACAUUGCCAACAAGCUGGACGUCCACAUUGCCAACAAGCUGGACGUCCACAUUGCCAACAAGCUGGACGUCCACAUUGCCAACAAGCUGGACGUCCACAUUGCCAACAAGCUGGACGUCCACAUUGCCAACAAGCUGGACGUCCACAUUGCCAACAAGCUGGACCUCCACAUUGCCAACAAGCUGGACCUCCACAUUGCCAACAAGCUGGACGUCCACAUUGCCAACAAGCUGGACGUCCACAUUGCCAACAAGCUGGACCUGGACGUCCACAUUGCCAACAAGCUGGACGUCCACAUUGCCAACAAGCUGGACGUCCACAUUGCCAACAAGCUGGACGUCCACAUUGCCAACAAGCUGGACGUCCACAUUGCCAACAAGCUGGACGUCCACAUUGCCAACAAGCUGGACGUCCACAUUGCCAACAAGCUGGACGUCCACAUUGCCAACAAGCUGGACGUCCACAUUGCCAACAAGCUGGACGUCCACAUUGCCAACAAGCUGGACGUCCACAUUGCCAACAAGCUGGACGUCCACAUUGCCAACAAGCUGGACGUCCACAUUGCCAACAAGCUGGACGUCCACAUUGCCAACAAGCUGGACGUCCACAUUGCCAACAAGCUGGACGUCCACAUUGCCAACAAGCUGGACGUCCACAUUGCCAACAAGCUGGACGUCCACAUUGCCAACAAGCUGGACGUCCACAUUGCCAACAAGCUGGACGUCCACAUUGCCAACAAGCUGGACCUCCACAUUGCCAACAAGCUGGACCUCCACAUUGCCAACAAGCUGGACGUCCACAUUGCCAACAAGCUGGACGUCCACAUUGCCAACAAGCUGGACGUCCACAUUGCCAACAAGCUGGACGUCCACAUUGCCAACAAGCUGGACGUCCACAUUGCCAACAAGCUGGACGUCCACAUUGCCAACAAGCUGGACGUCCACAUUGCCAACAAGCUGGACGUCCACAUUGCCAACAAGCUGGACCUCCACAUUGCCAACAAGCUGGACCUCCACAUUGCCAACAAGCUGGACGUCCACAUUGCCAACAAGCUGGACGUCCACAUUGCCAACAAGCUGGACGUCCACAUUGCCAACAAGCUGGACGUCCACAUUGCCAACAAGCUGGACGUCCACAUUGCCAACAAGCUGGACGUCCACAUUGCCAACAAGCUGGACGUCCACAUUGCCAACAAGCUGGACGUCCACAUUGCCAACAAGCUGGACCUCCACAUUGCCAACAAGCUGGACGUCCACAUUGCCAACAAGCUGGACCUCCACAUUGCCAACAAGCUGGACCUCCACAUUGCCAACAAGCUGGACCUCCACAUUGCCAACAAGCUGGACCUCCACAUUGCCAACAAGCUGGACCUCCACAUUGCCAACAAGCUGGACCUCCACAUUGCCAACAAGCUGGACGUCCACAUUGCCAACAAGCUGGACCUCCACAUUGCCAACAAGCUGGACGUCCACAUUGCCAACAAGCUGGACGUCCACAUUGCCAACAAGCUGGACGUCCACAUUGCCAACAAGCUGGACGUCCACAUUGCCAACAAGCUGGACGUCCACAUUGCCAACAAGCUGGACGUCCACAUUGCCAACAAGCUGGACGUCCACAUUGCCAACAAGCUGGACGUCCACAUUGCCAACAAGCUGGACGUCCACAUUGCCAACAAGCUGGACGUCCACAUUGCCAACAAGCUGGACGUCCACAUUGCCAACAAGCUGGACCUCCACAUUGCCAACAAGCUGGACGUCCACAUUGCCAACAAGCUGGACGUCCACAUUGCCAACAAGCUGGACGUCCACAUUGUCAACAAGCUGGACGUCCACAUUGCCAACAAGCUGGACGUCCACAUUGCCAACAAGCUGGACGUCCACAUUGCCAACAAGCUGGACGUCCACAUUGCCAACAAGCUGGACGUCCACAUUGCCAACAAGCUGGACGUCCACAUUGCCAACAAGCUGGACCUCCACAUUGCCAACAAGCUGGACGUCCACAUUGCCAACAAGCUGGACGUCCACAUUGCCAACAAGCUGGACGUCCACAUUGCCAACAAGCUGGACGUCCACAUUGCCAACAAGCUGGACGUCCACAUUGCCAACAAGCUGGACCUCCACAUUGCCAACAAGCUGGACGUCCACAUUGCCAACAAGCUGGACGUCCACAUUGCCAACAAGCUGGACGUCCACAUUGCCAACAAGCUGGACGUCCACAUUGCCAACAAGCUGGACGUCCACAUUGUCAACAAGCUGGACGUCCACAUUGCCAACAAGCUGGACCUCCACAUUGCCAACAAGCUGGACGUCCACAUUGCCAACAAGCUGGACGUCCACAUUGCCAACAAGCUGGACGUCCACAUUGUCAACAAGCUGGACGUCCACAUUGCCAACAAGCUGGACGUCCACAUUGCCAACAAGCUGGACGUCCACAUUGCCAACAAGCUGGACGUCCACAUUGCCAACAAGCUGGACGUCCACAUUGCCAACAAGCUGGACGUCCACAUUGCCAACAAGCUGGACCUCCACAUUGCCAACAAGCUGGACCUCCACAUUGCCAACAAGCUGGACCUCCACAUUGCCAACAAGCUGGACGUCCACAUUGCCAACAAGCUGGACCUCCACAUUGCCAACAAGCUGGACGUCCACAUUGCCAACAAGCUGGACGUCCACAUUGCCAACAAGCUGGACGUCCACAUUGCCAACAAGCUGGACGUCCACAUUGCCAACAAGCUGGACGUCCACAUUGCCAACAAGCUGGACGUCCACAUUGCCAACAAGCUGGACGUCCACAUUGCCAACAAGCUGGACGUCCACAUUGCCAACAAGCUGGACGUCCACAUUGCCAACAAGCUGGACCUCCACAUUGCCAACAAGCUGGACCUCCACAUUGCCAACAAGCUGGACCUCCACAUUGCCAACAAGCUGGACCUCCACAUUGCCAACAAGCUGGACGUCCACAUUGCCAACAAGCUGGACGUCCACAUUGCCAACAAGCUGGACGUCCACAUUGUCAACAAGCUGGACGUCCACAUUGCCAACAAGCUGGACGUCCACAUUGCCAACAAGCUGGACGUCCACAUUGCCAACAAGCUGGACGUCCACAUUGCCAACAAGCUGGACGUCCACAUUGCCAACAAGCUGGACGUCCACAUUGCCAACAAGCUGGACCUCCACAUUGCCAACAAGCUGGACGUCCACAUUGCCAACAAGCUGGACCUCCACAUUGCCAACAAGCUGGACGUCCACAUUGCCAACAAGCUGGACGUCCACAUUGCCAACAAGCUGGACGUCCACAUUGUCAACAAGCUGGACGUCCACAUUGCCAACAAGCUGGACGUCCACAUUGCCAACAAGCUGGACGUCCACAUUGCCAACAAGCUGGACGUCCACAUUGCCAACAAGCUGGACGUCCACAUUGCCAACAAGCUGGACCUCCACAUUGCCAACAAGCUGGACGUCCACAUUGCCAACAAGCUGGACCUCCACAUUGCCAACAAGCUGGACCUCCACAUUGCCAACAAGCUGGACCUCCACAUUGCCAACAAGCUGGACGUCCACAUUGCCAACAAGCUGGACCUCCACAUUGCCAACAAGCUGGACGUCCACAUUGCCAACAAGCUGGACGUCCACAUUGCCAACAAGCUGGACGUCCACAUUGCCAACAAGCUGGACGUCCACAUUGCCAACAAGCUGGACGUCCACAUUGCCAACAAGCUGGACGUCCACAUUGCCAACAAGCUGGACGUCCACAUUGCCAACAAGCUGGACGUCCACAUUGCCAACAAGCUGGACGUCCACAUUGCCAACAAGCUGGACGUCCACAUUGCCAACAAGCUGGACCUCCACAUUGCCAACAAGCUGGACCUCCACAUUGCCAACAAGCUGGACCUCCACAUUGCCAACAAGCUGGACGUCCACAUUGCCAACAAGCUGGACGUCCACAUUGCCAACAAGCUGGACGUCCACAUUGCCAACAAGCUGGACGUCCACAUUGUCAACAAGCUGGACGUCCACAUUGCCAACAAGCUGGACCUCCACAUUGCCAACAAGCUGGACCUCCACAUUGCCAACAAGCUGGACGUCCACAUUGCCAACAAGCUGGACGUCCACAUUGCCAACAAGCUGGACGUCCACAUUGCCAACAAGCUGGACGUCCACAUUGCCAACAAGCUGGACGUCCACAUUGCCAACAAGCUGGACGUCCACAUUGCCAACAAGCUGGACGUCCACAUUGCCAACAAGCUGGACGUCCACAUUGCCAACAAGCUGGACCUCCACAUUGCCAACAAGCUGGACCUCCACAUUGCCAACAAGCUGGACGUCCACAUUGCCAACAAGCUGGACGUCCACAUUGCCAACAAGCUGGACGUCCACAUUGCCAACAAGCUGGACGUCCACAUUGCCAACAAGCUGGACCUCCACAUUGCCAACAAGCUGGACGUCCACAUUGCCAACAAGCUGGACGUCCACAUUGCCAACAAGCUGGACGUCCACAUUGCCAACAAGCUGGACGUCCACAUUGCCAACAAGCUGGACGUCCACAUUGCCAACAAGCUGGACGUCCACAUUGCCAACAAGCUGGACCUCCACAUUGCCAACAAGCUGGACCUCCACAUUGCCAACAAGCUGGACGUCCACAUUGCCAACAAGCUGGACCUCCACAUUGCCAACAAGCUGGACGUCCACAUUGCCAACAAGCUGGACCUCCACAUUGCCAACAAGCUGGACGUCCACAUUGCCAACAAGCUGGACCUCCACAUUGCCAACAAGCUGGACGUCCACAUUGCCAACAAGCUGGACGUCCACAUUGCCAACAAGCUGGACGUCCACAUUGCCAACAAGCUGGACGUCCACAUUGCCAACAAGCUGGACGUCCACAUUGCCAACAAGCUGGACGUCCACAUUGCCAACAAGCUGGACGUCCACAUUGCCAACAAGCUGGACGUCCACAUUGCCAACAAGCUGGACCUCCACAUUGCCAACAAGCUGGACGUCCACAUUGCCAACAAGCUGGACCUCCACAUUGCCAACAAGCUGGACCUCCACAUUGCCAACAAGCUGGACCUCCACAUUGCCAACAAGCUGGACGUCCACAUUGCCAACAAGCUGGACCUCCACAUUGCCAACAAGCUGGACGUCCACAUUGCCAACAAGCUGGACGUCCACAUUGCCAACAAGCUGGACGUCCACAUUGCCAACAAGCUGGACGUCCACAUUGCCAACAAGCUGGACCUCCACAUUGCCAACAAGCUGGACCUCCACAUUGCCAACAAGCUGGACGUCCACAUUGUCAACAAGCUGGACGUCCACAUUGCCAACAAGCUGGACCUCCACAUUGCCAACAAGCUGGACCUCCACAUUGCCAACAAGCUGGACGUCCACAUUGCCAACAAGCUGGACGUCCACAUUGCCAACAAGCUGGACGUCCACAUUGUCAACAAGCUGGACGUCCACAUUGCCAACAAGCUGGACCUCCACAUUGCCAACAAGCUGGACCUCCACAUUGCCAACAAGCUGGACGUCCACAUUGCCAACAAGCUGGACGUCCACAUUGUCAACAAGCUGGACGUCCACAUUGCCAACAAGCUGGACGUCCACAUUGCCAACAAGCUGGACGUCCACAUUGCCAACAAGCUGGACGUCCACAUUGCCAACAAGCUGGACGUCCACAUUGCCAACAAGCUGGACGUCCACAUUGCCAACAAGCUGGACCUCCACAUUGCCAACAAGCUGGACGUCCACAUUGCCAACAAGCUGGACGUCCACAUUGCCAACAAGCUGGACGUCCACAUUGCCAACAAGCUGGACGUCCACAUUGCCAACAAGCUGGACGUCCACAUUGCCAACAAGCUGGACCUCCACAUUGCCAACAAGCUGGACGUCCACAUUGCCAACAAGCUGGACGUCCACAUUGCCAACAAGCUGGACGUCCACAUUGCCAACAAGCUGGACGUCCACGCUGCACAGCUGAGGAGUGCGGUGAGCGUGCAAGGCUUUGGGAGGGAGAACCCGCUAGAGGAGUUCAAGAUAGAGGGCACCCGCUUCUUCAUCUCCACGCUCUUUGCUCUUCUGCCCUUUCCUCCCUUUUAUCUCUGGUCUGUGAGCGUGCAGGGCUUUGGGCGGGAGAACCCGCUAGAGGAGUUCAAGAUAGAGGGCACCCGCUUCUUCAUCUCCAUGCUCUUUGCCAUGCGGACGGAGAGCGUGCAGGCGCUGCUGUCUGCUUUCCUGGCGGACACAGAGGGGGAAAUUGAUGGUGGUGGAGGGAAUGUGGUGUAG